CGGGACAUGGAUUAUUUGGUAAGUUUCAGAGAUUUUAGAUGGUGGUUGGUUCUCAAUCUUUCCAAGUUUAUUUCAAUCUUGGCUUUAAACCAGGAGAAUAGCCGUGUUCGCCUAUGGAGCAGUUAACCGACUCGGAUGUGCCAACAAUAGCUUCUGGCCGAUUUGAGAGUCUAUGGAGGCUAUCGAAGAAGAACCCGCUGUCACUCUGCUUAUUCUGCUGACCAGCAGGCUAGCACACUGACUUUACUGAUCUGAAGGCUGAAGCACCCAGCAACUUCAUGUACAGCAGGUCAUGUUCUCUCUCGGUCUUCCCCUAUACAAUAUUUUUACUUUCUUUUGCGUUUUAGGUUUGUUUUGAUCGUGGGUGUUGUUACGAACCCUGACUUUUUCCACUUUUGAUUUUUCAGUUGAGAUUCUUACAUCAAGGGACAAACAGAUAUGGGUUCAGAAAAAAUCGAAAUCCAGGAGGUUUGCCUUUUGAAUGAGGCUAGAACUCGCUGUGGGAGGAAGCAUGGUCAGACCUAUCCCAGUGAAAUGCUCGCACCAAUGUCCUAUUUUAAAGUAGGUACUAAUGGCUAUGCUGCUGUUACUAUGGUUAGGAGGGAUUGGAAGGAAGUUCCUCAAGGUUACAGUAAUUUGUCCAUUUUGGGUGCCCCUGACAGUCAAACUCACGGCACUCAUGCUUCACAGGAGUCUGCGAUCUGUUUGCUGGGAUUUAUUAAGCGCGGUAGCUAUUUAACAAGUGCACACCAAAUCUAACUGUAUUGCAUGGUUAAUGGUGACUUUUGUUGUAAGAUGUUAGUUCUAUCUCUCAAUCUCAAUGAGCACUUCUACUACGCUAUAUAGUAUUGGUGCUUUAAUGUACAACUUAAAGUUGUACCAUAACAUUAAAUGUAUAAGUUUAGGUUGUACCAUAAAGCAAUUUGUACCAUUAUGUUAUGGUACAACUUUACAACUUGAAGUUGUACCAUCACAUAAAGGUACAAGUCCAAGUUGUACCAUAAAAGAAUUUGUACAAAAAGUAUAGGUACAAUCUAAAGUUGUACCAUAACGUAAAUGUACAAUUUUAAGUUGUACCAUAAAGGCAAAAUCCUAUAGCACCAAUACUAUAUAGCAUUGUAAAAUUUCUCCAAUCUCAAUAGGUUAGUUCUCUCUUUUUAAUGGGUUUAUGUUUAGUUUUUCCCCCCAAUUGAUUGCUCAGUGGUUUCAGAAGAUAUUAAACCAGCAAUAACAGAACGAGUUUUUGAAGUGGGAAGGAAAUGUUGCAAGGUUUAGAUUGUGUUUGGAUUUUGCUAGGCACAAAGUUUAUAAUUCAGUUCAUUUCUUCGUGGAUGGGUUACAAGAGUCUCUCAGGGAGGUUUACAAGGUUUGAGCCAAUCAAUCUAAAAGUCUUCUCCUUCAGUUUGCACCUUAUCUACUUUGCACAUACACCAUAUAUUUCUCCAUCUUCCUGAACUAAUUCUCUCGCAUGAUUAUAUUUUCAGGUUGCUCAUGAAUAUGCAGUGGCUUCCGUGAUCAUUAGUUCAAAUACGAUUGUGAUUCUUGGAUCUAUUAUAUGCUUGGAUGAAUUCAUGUCUACCUUCUCAAUUUUUAUACUGCUCUCCCAUUGAUAACUCCUUCCCCGUGUUCUUUUUUUUUUUAUGUAUUCUACUUUGCUUCUUAAUUUUGUGGGUUUUGGUUUGCGUCUGUACUUAGAAACAAUGUAAUGAAAAAACAUUUACUCU